AUGGCGCUGGGGGCGGGGCUGGCGCUUGGGCCGACUCGGCGGUUUGGACAGGGGGAGGGGGCUUUCCGUGGCCCCGCCCAGGCCCCGCCCCCGCCACCAUGCGGCCCCCCCGGACUGAGCUCCGGCUGCGCCUGACCUUGGCCCUGGGCUUGGCCCUCGUUGGCCCCUUGGCUGUGGGGUGGGCCUCGGCACGGGUCCCCAUCUAUGUCAGCAGCUGGGCCGUGAGGGUGUCCCAGGGUUACCAGGAGGCCGAGCGCCUGGCGCGCAAAUUCGGCUACGUCAACCUGGGGCAGAUCUUCCCUGACAGCCAGUACUUCCAUCUACGGCACCGGGGGGUGGUCCAGCAAUCCCUGACCCCGCACUGGGGCCACAGCCUGCGCCUGAAGAAAGACCCCAAGGUGCAGUGGUUCGAGCAGCAGACACUACGGCGGCGGGUGAAGCGCUCCUUGGCGGUGCCCACGGACCCCUGGUUUUCCAAGCAGUGGUACAUGAACAAGGACACGCAGCCAGACCUGAACAUCCUGCAGGUUUGGAACCAGGGGCUGACGGGUCAGGGCAUCGUGGUCUCCAUCCUGGAUGAUGGCAUCGAGAAGGAUCACCCGGACCUCUGGGCCAACUACGACCCCCUGGCUAGCUACGACUUCAAUGACUACGACCCGGACCCCCAGCCCCGUUACACACCCAGCGAUGAGAACCGGCACGGGACCCGCUGUGCCGGGGAGGUGGCAGCGACAGCGAACAAUGGGUUCUGUGGUGUAGGUGUCGCCUACAAUGCCCGAAUUGGAGGCGUGCGCAUGCUGGACGGCACCAUCACCGACAUCAUCGAGGCCCAGUCCCUGAGCCUGCAGCCCCAGCACAUCCACAUCUACAGCGCCAGCUGGGGCCCCGAGGACGACGGCCGCACGGUGGACGGUCCGGGCAUCCUGACCCGCGAGGCCUUCCGGCGCGGUGUGACCAAGGGCCGCGGGGGUCUGGGCACCCUGUUCGUCUGGGCGUCCGGCAACGGCGGGCUGCACUACGACAACUGCAACUGUGACGGCUACACCAACAGCAUCCACACGCUCUCGGUGGGCAGCACCACCCAGCAGGGCCACGUGCCCUGGUACAGCGAGGCCUGCGCUUCCACGCUCACCACCACCUACAGCAGCGGCGUCGUCACUGACCCCCAGAUAGUCACCACGGACCUGCACCACCAGUGCACAGACAAACAUACGGGCACCUCGGCGUCCGCCCCUCUGGCUGCAGGCAUGAUCGCCCUGGCUCUGGAGGCCAACCCCUUGUUGACGUGGAGGGACAUGCAGCACCUGGUUGUCCGGGCAUCCAGGCCGGCACAGCUCCAGGCUGAGGACUGGAGGAUCAACGGUGUGGGGCGCCAAGUGAGCCACCAUUAUGGCUACGGGCUGCUGGACGCCGGGCUACUGGUGGACACGGCGCGCUCGUGGCUGCCCACGCUGCCCCAGCAGAAGUGCGCCCUCCAGAUCCUGCACACCCCCAGCCCCAUCCUCCCACUGAUGCAUGUGAGGAAGAACGUGUCAGCCUGCGCCGGCCAGGCCAACUACAUCCGCUCCCUGGAGCACGUGCAGGUGCAGCUGUCCCUGGCCUACAGCCGCCGAGGGGACCUGGAGAUCUCCCUCACCAGCCCCAUGGGCACCCGCUCCACGCUCGUGGCCAUCAGGCCCUUUGACAUCAGCGGCCAGGGCUACAACAAUUGGAUCUUCAUGUCCACGCACUUCUGGGAUGAGGACCCGCGGGGCCAGUGGACCCUGGGCCUGGAAAACAAGGGCUACUACUUCAACACGGGGACACUGCACCGCUACACGCUGCUGCUCUACGGGACGGCUGAGGACAUGACAGCGCGGCCCCAGGGCCCCCAGGUGACCAGCGGCGCGUGUGUGCAGCGGGACACAGAGGGGCUGUGCCAGGGUGAGUGCCCGGCGCGGCAUGGCCCACCUGAUGGGAGGUGGCAGCGGCGGGCAGUGUGCGUGUGCGCCCUGGGGUGGGAGGGAGGACCAGGGCGGUGGCCCCCACUGAAGCCUCUGUGUCCCUCCAGGACGCUGCAGCCCAGCCUACAUCCUGGGCCACCUCUGCCACCCCCACUGCCCACCGAAGUACUUCAGCCACACCGGGAAGGCAGUGAGUGCUGUGCCUGGGCGCCCGCUGCCACUGCCCUGCGCUGUGUGCCAGCUGCCAUCUUGCCACACCUGCCAUGGCAGCCCCCACUCAGCUGCGACCCUGCCCCCCAUCCUCCAUGCUGGAUGAAUUUUGGGGCUCCUGCUCAGGACCUGCCACCCCCAAGAGCCCUGCACCGUACAGCCCAGUAUAGCCCCACAUGCGACCGCCUCCACCUGCCUCUGCCAUGGCCUGGCCCAGACGGUGCCCACCGUGACCCCUGCUCAGGGACAGGCGCUGCUCUGCUGGAGACCCUUUUCCACACUGUCUCUUCUCUGCAGGCUGCCCACCUCCGCGCGGGGCAUUCCUGGCACUAGGGACCUCCCCGGCUCAGCUGCUGGCUGGAACCCAUAGAUGUCUGGGGAGGAGAGUCAGCAUGCACCCUGCAGGUGCCCAGGGUGUGGAUUGAGGGGUGAAGAAGCUAGCUCCGUAAGGUCCUGGCCAACCACCAAGGCCCUCAGGCCCAGAGUGGCCGUGGGGCGUCCUGCAAGCUGGACUUGGAGGGUUCCGUGGAAAAGAAAGAAGACUAGUUACACGGUUUGGGGUGGGGUGUGGACUGGGGUGGGGCAGAGGCAAGGCCUGGACCACCACCCCUUGUCUGCCCCAGAUCUGAUGAAAGGUGGAGGGAGAAAAAACAGCCCCAGCCAGGCUCAGGCACUACUCCCGAACUCAGCAUUUGCAAAUAAAGGUUGAAUAGGAGGUGCUAAGUCUGUGGUCACCUUUGGGCGAGUGCCCAGCCCCAUGGCACCUGGUUGGGGCUUUCUCUGUGCCCUCUUUGGAAUCUGCCCAACCCAGGGCAUUAGCUGCCUAAGGACCUAGUGGCCCCAAAGGAGACGGGGUCAGCACGGACCCAGUGUGUUGGGGAAGGGCCUGAGCAUCCCCAUGUCUGCGUGCACACAGCCAGCCAGAAAGCCGGCCAGCUCUUCUUCCAUUUCCCUAGGGGCCACUGGGAAGCUGAGGGGAGGGGCGGGCACCAGGAGUUGGCCACAGAGACACAUGGUGCAGGCCCCAGACCCCUGGGGGAGGAUAAAUGGGCAUCCAGCUGGGCCCACCUCUGAGAGCCUUGGCGGCCUCAGCUGUGCAGCAGGACUAUGCCCAGCUCCUGUCUCACCACGCUCAAGACUCAAAAGAGGUUGUUUGAGCCGUCAAAACCCAGCAGCCCCGGACAGGCAGCAACAGAGAUGAUUAAACACAGGCUACCGGCUUACCAGUUGCACUCCCAGGCAGUGGCCGAGGGACGAAAGCACACAUCCACACAGAACCUGCACACGUGUGCAGCAGUAACCGCCCAACCGUGGUGGGUCCGCCCACGAGUGGAGAGAAUGAGAAAUACCAUGUGGAUAUGGUGCACUGGAAUAUCACUCAGCCCUGAAAAGGAGGGAAGCCCUGGCGCACACCAGCGUGGCUGGGCCCAAGGCGACAGUGUGAUUCCCUCCAUGUGACUGCCCGCACAGGCAGACCAGACCGCAGGCAUCAGUGGUGCCUCUGGUUGGGGAGAUGGGAACUAGGGGUCAUGGCCAGUGGGGACAGCUUUGUUUUUGGCGUGAUGAAAAUAUUCUCCAAGUACGUUUAUACCCAAAUCAUUGGGCCCAGGUGGACUUCACGCCUGUAAGUCACACUCCGUUAGAAGCCAGGCGAAUCCGCGCUCCGAGAGGUCUGGCAGUCGCGGCCCGAGGGGCCAGGCGGCCGGCUCUGCGUCCCGCCCGCGUGGGCUGGCUCUGCCAGCGUCCCGGCCCCCCCACCGCCUUCCUCAGCAGGGGCCGGCGUGGUGUGGGCGGUGCGCGCCCCGCUGGGCAGUGACUUCGUCCCCAGCCAGCCAUGUGCUUGGGGCCUGUCCCCCCUUUUGCAGAGGGCCAGGCGGGGGCUACCCCAUAACGCCGCGGG